CCUCCUGGCACUCCUCCCGGCUCUUCCCAGCUUCCCAGCCUCCCUUAAGAGGAUGAGCCGGUUUGGAGACUGUUGGCUGAUCUGCGGUUGCCGGUGACGAGUUGGAGCCAGGACCGUAGAGAAAAGAAGGAAGAGAGAGAAAAAGAGAAACAUCGAUGUGAGAGAGAAACAUCGAUUGGUUGCCUUCUAUACACACCCCAACCGGGGAUUGAACCCAUAACCGAGUACCAUAAUGGCAGAAACUGCAUCUCCACUGAAGCACUUUGUGCUGGCUAAGAAGGCAAUUACCGUAAUUUUUGACCAGUUACUGGAAUUUGUUACUGAAGGAUCAUAUUUUAUUGAAGCAACGUACAGGAAUUCAGAACUUGAUCGAGUAGCUACUGAGGAUGAUCUAGCAGAAAUGCAGAGGUAUAAAAACAAGCUUUCUGUUAUUGGUGAAGUGCUGUCUCGGAGACACAUGAAAGUGGCCUUUUUUGGCAGGACAAGCAGUGGAAAGAGCUCUGUUAUAAAUGCAAUGUUGUGGGAUAAAGUCCUACCCAGUGGGAUUGGCCAUACAACCAAUUGCUUACUGAGUGUUGAAGGAACUGAUGGAGAUAAAGCCUACCUUAUGACAGAAGGAUCAGAUGAAAAAAAAAGUGUGAAGACAGUUAAUCAGCUGGCCCAUGCCCUGCAUAUGGACAAAGACUUGAAAGCUGGCUCUCUCGUGCAUGUGUUUUGGCCAAAGGCAAAAUGUGCCCUCUUGAGAGAUGACCUGGUUUUAGUAGACAGUCCAGGCACAGAUGUCACUACAGAGCUGGAUAGCUGGAUUGAUAAGUUUUGCUUAGAUGCUGAUGUUUUUGUUUUGGUUGCCAACUCUGAAUCAACGUUAAUGAACACGGAAAAACAGUUUUUUCACAAGGUAAAUGAGCGACUUUCCAAGCCUAAUAUUUUCAUUCUGAAUAAUCGUUGGGACGCCUCUGCAUCAGAGCCAGAAUAUAUGGAAGAUGUACGCAGACAGCACACAGAAAGAUGCCUACAUUUUUUGGUGGAGGAACUCAAAGUUGUGGGUCCUUUAGAAGCACGGAAUCGUAUUUUUUUUGUUUCUGCAAAGGAGGUUCUCAAUGCUAGAAUGCACAAAGCACAGGGGAUGCCAGAAGGUGGUGGGGCACUUGCUGAAGGAUUUCGGGCAAGAUUACAAGAAUUUCAGAAUUUUGAACAAAUCUUUGAGGAGUGUAUCUCGCAGUCAGCAGUGAAAACAAAGUUUGAACAGCACACUAUCAGAGCUAAACAGAUACUAGAUACUGUGCAAGACAUAAUGGAUUCAAUAAACGUGGCAGCAGCAGAGAAAAGAGUUUAUUCAAUGGAAGAGAGGGAAGACCAAAUUGAUAGACUGGACUUUAUCCGAAACCAGAUGAACCUUUUAACACUGGAUGUUAAGAAGAAAAUCAGGGAGGUUACAGAGGAGGUGGCAAACAAGGUGUCAUGUGCAAUGACAGAUGAAAUUUGUCGACUCUCUGUUUUGGUUGAUGAAUUUUGUUCUGAGUUCCAUCCUACUCCAAGUGUAUUGAAAGUAUAUAAAAAUGAAUUAAAUAAGCAUAUAGAAGAUGGUAUGGGAAGAAAUUUGGCUGAUCGGUGCACCAGUGAAGUCAACACUUCAAUGCUUCAAUCGCAACAAGAAAUUAUUGAAAAUUUAAAGCCAUUGCUUCCAGCUGGUGUACAGAGUAAACUACAUACGUUGAUUCCUUGCAAGAAAUUUGAUCUUAGCUAUGACCUAAAUUGCCACAAGUUAUGUUCAGAUUUUCAAGAGGAUAUUGUAUUUCGUUUUUCCUUGGGCUGGUCUUCCCUUGUCCAUCGUUUCUUGGGCCCUACGAAUGCACAGAGGGUGCUUCUGGGAUUAUCUGAGCCCCUCUUUCAGCUCCCCAGAUCUUUAGCUUCUACUCCCACUGCUCCUAAUAAUCCAGCAACACCAGAUAAUGCAUCACAAGAAGAAUUAAUGGUUACCUUAAUAACAGGGUUAGCUUCUCUUACAUCCAGAACAUCUAUGGGCAUCAUUGUUGUUGGAGGAGUGGUUUGGAAAACUAUAGGCUGGAAACUCAUAUCUGUUUCAUUAAGUAUGUAUGGAGCUUUAUAUCUUUAUGAAAGGCUGACCUGGACCAACCGAGCCAAGGAAAGAGCUUUUAAGCAACAGUUUGUGAACUAUGCAACUGAAAAACUGCAGAUGAUUGUUAGCUUCACAAGUGCAAACUGUAGCCAUCAAGUACAACAGGAAAUGGCGACCACUUUUGCUCGCCUGUGCCAACAAGUUGACCUUACACAAAGGCAUCUGGAAGAAGAAAUUGCUAGAUUUUCCAAAGAGAUAGAGCAGUUGGAGGAAAUUCAAAACAAUUCAAAGCUCUUAAGAAAUAAAGCUGUUCGACUUAAAAAUGAGCUGGAGAAUUUUACUAAGCAGUUUCUACAUUCAAGCAAUGAAGAAGCAUCUUAACAAUAGAGAUUGCUUUGGUGAUCAUCAUAAGAGAAAAUGCAACUUGGAUGAUUUGGGACAGUUAUUUUUAUGAAAUUAUUUUAAAUAUGAAUUGUACCCAUUAUACCUAAAUAGCAAAUUCUUGUGUAGAUUCUGAUAAUGAUCUAUCUCAGGGUGUUUGCAUUUCUGAAGAGUGUUAUUAUGUUUCUUUAGUUUCACUUUUAGGUAAGGAACAGGCUAAAUUGUUUGAUGUGUUAAAAUGAUGAAUUAGUUAAAAGCAACAGAACCAAUUAUGUGACCCCUGAGGGGUGGGGCCUUCUCUUACUUAGGGCUCUCUUCGUUUUUGAUUCUGAAAAACUCUGCUUCCUGGCAUCCAGGAGUUAGAGAAUGCUCCCUUCAUCUUCUUUAUCAAAACUAAUUUUCAAUGUCACUUUAAUGGGAAUAGUCACUUUUUUGUUUUAUAUCUCCAUUGCUCCAACCACCAAAAAGGAGUGUAGGAUGUUCUUGAGUGUAUUAUCUUGCAAGUUACAGUCAUUUUUGCCAUUCUGCCAGGUAUGUAAAACACUAAUAAAUAACGCUCUUUUUUACUCCUUAUAUUCCCAUUAAAACUGAUGUAAAGCGUGUAAAGGUUUGUUGUUCUAAAUAGUCUCUUCUAAAAGUUUCUGGGUCAAACAUAGCUUGCUGAUGUUUCUAAAGAAUGUUUUCAGCUUCAGCUAUGACAGCAGCAAGGAAAGGUUUCUAUAUCGCCUUUGAAGUUUGAAGUAAUAAAAUAGCCAGAAACGGAGGUCUGAAUUUUGGGUGGUUAGAGUCAUGUACGAACCGUUCUACAGAAGGUGUUUGCUGAGGGUACUGCUGGAUUGUCCCCCAGGGUGGCUUCUAUUUAAUUGUAUGAAUUUGCCGGGGCAUGGUUGAAAAUUAGCACUGUAUUUUUUAGCUUAAUGAAGUAUUUAUGGAUUCAAGUAUUGUGCGUGUUUGUGUUAAAAACUUACUGAAACUGAUAUGGAAACAUUUAAAAAUGAUAUUCUAGGGCUUUGCUAUGCAAAAUGUAGCCUUGAGGACCACCAAAUCAGCAUCACCUGGACGCUUGUUAGAAAUGCGCACUCACAGAGGACACAGUGCAUUUGGCCAAAUACAUAUAUUCACGCUUUUCUGUGGGAGGGAUAUCUUUUCAGGCUGUUUUCUUCUUCUUUAAAGACUCACUACUUCCUUUUCUGUGCCUUUAAGGCUCCUGGAUGCCAUUCUGUCUUUUCACAGCAGGUGCAAAACUAUUUUUCAGGGUAUUUUAAGGAGAAUAUCAUUUAGGCCGUAGAAGCCUUUAAAAAAUAUUUUUAUGCCAAUCAGAUACUAGGAUGAAGUGUCAAAUCCAAAUAAAUAUUAACUAACAGCUUUUGUUGUUGCUUUAUAACCAAAAAUUGGUACCUGCCACCAACAUGUGUGAAUCGGGUAACAAUUGCAACAUGAAACAUUGAUGUCUAAGACUGUGUACUGCUAAUUUAGUUUACAAGUUCAAGUCCUUAACUUUAUACAUAGUACUUGAAUUUCUGAAACAGCAUAGUGGUUUGGUAUCACCUCAUUAGUGUACCACUGUGGUUCUCAAAGUUUGGUCCCUGGAUCAACAGCAUACUUGUCAACUUGUAAGAGAUGCACAUUCUUGGAUCCUACCCCAGACAUACUGAAUCAAACUCUAACUUUGGGGACCAGUGAUCUGCUGUUAACAAGCCCCCUGGUGAUCCCGAUGGCACACUAACAUUUGGGAACUCCUGGAUUUGUGGUUCUGGUAUGUAAGCUUGUAGUAAGUUUUCCAUCACCAGUUUGAAUGCAGUUCCACCUGAUCAAGUUUGAAAAUGUGUUGGAAAAAGGAGUGUUGGAAAUGGAACACUAAAAUAAUGAAACCCAACUUUUAUGCCUAGAACUAAAUGCACCUACAGCCAAGCCUGUGAAUUCUACAGAAAUCAUGUAAUUUACAGUUGAUGUAGUUCAGAGUUACUGUUCACUGUGUGUGUUUGCAGGAAUAUUUAUAAACUUUGUAUAACCUCCAACUUUUUACAAAAGUACAUUUUUUAUAAGUAUGCAAACUUCAAGGUAAAAAUAAAACUUGUUUGUCUGAUA